AUGAAACAGAGGUUUCAAAAAAUUCUGAAGGCAGAAAACCCGCUAUGUGUUGGCAAUCUAGCAACCUGCUCCCUCUCUAAUGAUACGGUCUGUGACAGAUGCACACAGAAGGACCUCAGUGCGUCCCAGGGAAGAAGUCUGCUGGACAUGAGAAGGGUCCAGCCUGGGCUACGCUCGUCUGGUGCAAUGGUGGGAAUAGAAUAA